CUUUGCCGCCGGUCCGGUCCACUCUCCAAUCAGCAGCAGAGGCCCAGCUGUCUUUAUUAGUGUCGUCGGUUCGGYGGAGGCGGCAUGGCUCCUCUCUCCGCUGCAGGCCUCCGCACACACCCGUGGGUAAGUAGCUGCAGCGGCCCGGACCCAGGACUCUACCUCCGGCUGCGACCAUGGCCAGGACUGGGUUCUGCGACUCCAAGCCCCUGCUGGACUUACACAUGAAGGAGAGGGGGCUGUCGGCACAAACCACUGAAGGCGUCAUCGUGGGAUUUCAUGAGGACAGGACGGGCUCUGCUGGUGGUAUCUGGGCUCUGCAGCUUGAUGGACCACGCCUACACCAAGCAUCAGCUGCUGCGAAUGGAACGCAAAGUCCUGUGUGCGCUCAAGUUUGACCUGGCUCACUGUCCCGCUCUGCACUUCCUCCUCAUCUUUGCCUCCGUGGCUCGCUGCAGCACUACGGUGGUGUGGAUGGCUCGUUACCUGCUGGAGCUGUCUCUCCUGGAAGGCCAGUGUGUGGCGUUCCUGCCCGUGCAGCUGGCCGGAGCCGCUCUGUGUUUGGCCCGUCGAGUCCUGCAGGAGUCUCCGACCCCGGAGGGCGAGGCCGCCUGGUGUCUGGUCUCCAGCAUCCACGUUGGCAGUGAGACCGUUCUGCUGAGGAUUAUGCAGAUUCUCGCUAGUGCCGCAGCCGAGGCCCAUGAGACCUGUGCUACUUUUAUCAAGUUUUCUUCCUCCGAGACCAUGCAUGUGAGCAGACACCCGGGUCUGAAGAACACUGCAGGUCUGCUGGGUGUAUGGGCAUGACUUCUUUUGACUCAAAAUGAAAAGAAAUCUCUGAACUUCAUGUCAUUCAUACAGGAUUAGUGUCCCUUAAGAUGUGAAACUGGAAGCAUUAAUAUUGAGUGUGAAAGAUUUGCUGCCAGAUGUUGACAGAUGCAUGCAGUCUACUAGCGUGUGAUUUGUCCCACAUUGUGGCAAAACCUGUUUUAUGAUCUUAACCUGCAGCCYAUGUCAAAUACUUGAAUUGUUCUUGAUGUGUCCUUGUUUUGUCGUUUGUGGAGAGGGUGUGUCAAGUUGAGGAGUUUUUUAAUGGAAAAUAAAGUGUCUGCUGCGAAGGGUUGAGAUUUAGGGGUUUUAUUUUUAAAGCUUUAAAUACUCAUAAUUCAGU